UGAUGACACAGAGUGGCAGUGCUGCAAAACCUCGCGCAGAGCGACGUCUUUAAUUCAAACAGCGGAGUUUGUCCGAGGAAGAGAAGACAAGUCUGAAGCAAAGAGGCCACAGAGGAAACAAAGGCCGGUCUCACUAUGAAGUUAUCUUCAGCUCUGGCUUUUGUGCUGGUUCUCCCACUCACCUGGGCGCAGGUUCCCCACUGGGGACCGUGUCCAGAACCGUCCGUUCAAACUGCGUUCAACCUCAAGCAGUUCAUGGGCAGGUGGUUUGAAAUUGCCAAACUGCCGGCCCAGUUUGAGAAGGGCCGCUGCAUCGAGACAAACUUCACCAUGAGGACGGACAACUCCAUCCGAGUGGUCAGCUCUGAAAUACUAAAAGGAGAGCUGAGGAAAAUCGAAGGCAAUGGAGUCAUAGAAGACAUGAAGAAUCCGGCCAAGCUGGGGAUAAGUUAUUCCUAUGUCCUGCCCUACUCCCCGUACUGGAUCCUGUCCACGGACUACACCAACACGGCCCUGGUGUAUUCCUGCACGGACAUCCUCAGGCUCUUCCACGUCGACUUUGCCUGGAUCCUGAGCCGAACACGAACCCUGCCUGACGCCACCGUGGAGAAGGCCAAGGAGACCUUCGGCAACAACAACAUCGACGUGAGCAGGAUGAUUGCCAGCAAGCAGCAGGGCUGUGACAAAACCCUGUGAGCGGCAGGGUGCUGCGGUGCAAAUACAAGAUGGUGCUGUUGGAGGGAGAAGAUGACUGAUAUUCUGUGAUGAUUGAGGCCAGGAGGUCUAGACUCAGCUCUGUUAUUUAGUUUGUGCAACAGACCAGAGUUGAAUGUAUUUCAUGUGAUGUUGUUUUAUGUUUAACAGCACAGAUACUAAGUUGUAGUUUUCCCACCUUUUUAUUUGCACAUCAUCACUGAUUGCGAUUUUAUGAUAGAAAUGUUCUGCCCUGUUUUGCCCCGUGAGGCUGAAAAAUGUGUGUUUCAUUUCCUGUAAAAAGAUGUGGAAUCAAACGAUAUUUAAUCUGAUCUGAUUAUACCAGAAACUGGAAAACAUGACACAUCUAAUUAGAGUGAAUAAAGUCAGUCAAACUUA